AUGGCGGAAGGCAACGACAAGAGCUCAAAUCCCAUGCGGGAACUCCGCAUCGACAAGCUGGUGUUGAACAUCUCCGUCGGAGAAUCUGGCGACAGACUCACCCGAGCCGCCAAAGUGCUGGAACAGCUGAGUGGACAGACGCCCGUCUACAGCAAAGCACGCUACACCGUCCGCUCCUUCGGGAUCCGCCGCAACGAAAAGAUCGCCGUCCACGUCACCGUGCGAGGACCCAAAGCCGAGGAGAUUCUCGAGCGAGGCCUGAAGGUCAAGGAGUACGAGUUGCGGAAGAAGAAUUUUUCGGAUACGGGCAAUUUUGGGUUUGGCAUCUCCGAACACAUUGAUCUGGGCAUCAAGUAUGAUCCGGCUAUUGGCAUCUAUGGGAUGGACUUCUAUUGCUGCAUGAGCCGACCAGGAGCACGAGUUGCGAGGAGAAGACGGUGCAAGAGCAAGAUUGGCAAGCAGCAUAAGGUGACUAAGGAUGAUACCGUGAAGUGGUUCAAGACUAGGUUCGAGGGUAUUGUGAGAUGA